AUGAGCUUGGAUCGUCAAGAUUCUGUCCAAAAAGAGGAGCUAGAGUGCGCACCAAAGCAUGCUCUAAACAAUCUGACCCAGUUUCCCCCUGGUUCAAACACGGUUCAGGAUGCGGAUGCUGCGCAAAGUCAGUCACUUUGGAUGCGCACCAGAAACAACCUCGCUGAACCAGUUGUGGCUGCGUUUAUGGCUGGUGGAGUAGCUGGAGCAGUUUCUAGGACCAUAGUCUCACCACUUGAACGAUUGAAGAUUCUCCUUCAAAUCCAAAGCGCCGGUCGAACAGAAUACAGAUUGUCAAUAUGGAAAGCCUUGGUCAAGAUGGGGCGAGAAGAAGGCUGGCGUGGCUUUAUGCGAGGGAAUGGAACAAAUUGCAUUCGCAUCAUCCCAUACUCUGCGGUGCAGUUUGGGAGUUAUAACUUCUACAAACAAUUUGGAGAAUCUCCGGAGGGCGAGAUGACCCCAAUGCGUCGUCUUAUUUGUGGAGGUGCAGCAGGCAUCACCUCGGUGACCAUCACCUAUCCUCUAGACAUUGUCCGAACCCGGCUUUCCAUUCAAUCUGCUUCUUUUGCCGACCUGGGGAACGAAGGUGGAAUAAAGGCUCUAUAUCGUGGCAUUGCUCCUACUGUAGCCGGAGUAGCCCCCUAUGUGGGCCUCAAUUUCAUGACAUAUGAAUCUGUGCGCACGUAUUUGACACCGGAGGGAGACGCGAACCCAAGCCCUUAUCGAAAAUUGCUCGCAGGUGCAAUAUCAGGAGCCGUGGCCCAGACCUGUACCUAUCCUUUUGAUGUGCUGCGUCGCCGGUUCCAGAUCAACACAAUGUCCGGGAUGGGGUACCAAUACACCUCGAUCUGGGAUGCUGUGAGGGUUAUUGUGGCCGAAGAAGGGCUACGGGGACUUUUCAAGGGGAUAGGGCCAAAUCUUCUCAAAGUUGCGCCUAUCACAUCGAUGGAUAUUGCGGCGUGCCUAGGCUCCAUGCUACUCGCGACUCGCGAGCCAAUGAUGGCACGUGACCAAGUGGCAAGUCCCACUCCCGGAGACUGGAGUCCCGGCCGAGAGUCAAGGAUCAAAAACUUCCUGCACUUUCCAUACGGGUGCGACAGCAAGCUAUUUUCCCAGGUAGUCGAUCAAUACACAGCCAUGGGUAUCGACCUGGACCGCCACCAUGUGCGGAGCAGCCACCGCAAGGCUCCCAAGAGCGACAACGUCUACUUGCAGGUUCUGGUGAAGCUCUACCGCUUCUUGGCUCGCCGUACCGAGUCCAACUUCAACAAGGCCGUUCUCCGUCGUCUCUUCAUGUCGAGAAUCAACCGCCCCCCGGUUUCCCUGUCUCGUGUUGUCGCCAACAUCAGCGAGGCGCAGAAGGGCAAGACCGUUGUCGUUAUUGGCACUGUCACUGACGACAACCGCCUUCUGACCGUCCCCAAGGUGUCGAUCGCUGCCCUCCGUUUCACUGCUACCGCUCGCGCUCGCAUCGAGAAGGCUGGUGGUGAGACUUUGACUCUGGACCAGCUUGCUCUCCGCGCUCCCACCGGUGCCAACACGCUCCUUCUGCGCGGCCCCAAGAACGCCCGUGAGGCCGUGAAGCACUUCGGUUUCGGUCCCCACACUGACAAGAAGCCCUACGUGGCCAGCAAGGGCCGCAAGUUCGAGCGCGCUCGUGGUCGCAGAAGAUCCAAGGGUUUCAAGGUUUAA